GCUCGGUGAAAGAAAAUUACAGAAGAGAAAGAAAUGGCGGCAACGAAGAGCAAGGCAGUCUACAAUGUAUACAGAGCGCUGACCCAUGGUCUAUCACCAUUGCUGUACCUUCACCUCCACUGGCGGAAACUCCGAGGCCUCGAGCACCCACUGCGAUGGCCUGAGCGUCUGGGCCGACCUUCCCUCCCUCGGCCCGAAGGCCCACUCAUCUGGUUCCACGCCGUCUCAUUAGGUGAAGGAAUGGCUGCGAUUCCUGUAAUCAAGCAAUGCAUUCAGCGGAGGCCUGAUUUAACUAUUCUGAUGACCACUACGACGUCAUCUGCGUUUGGAGUAAUAGAGAAACUUCUUCCAACUGGUGUCUUACAUCAGUUUUCGCCCGUCGAUACACCUUCUGCUGUGGACUCAUUCCUUGGUUACUGGAAGCCUAAUGUGAUUGUGCUUAUGGAGAGUGAACUAUGGCCAAAUUUAAUUAUGGCUGCUUCAGAAAAGGGUAUCAUGCUGGCAUUGUUAAAUGCUCGAGUAUCUACUAAAUCCUUUAAACGUUGGUCAGGACCAGUGCUUCUUCCACUUAUUUCAUUGAUGCUAUCAAAGUUUUCAUUGAUUUCCCCAUUGAGCAAUAUGCAGGCCAUCCACUUUCAGCUGCUGCAUGCCCCGCCUUUUGUGAUCAACUUUUCUGGUGACUUGAAGUAUGUGGUUGGAGAAUUUGACAUUUCUGAGGGAGAGAUCAAAAACAUGCAAGAUUUAAAAGUACACUGUGCCCACAGGAAGGUUUGGAUGGCUUCUUCCAUACAUAAGGGGGAAGAAGAAGUCAUACUUGGCAUUCACAAAGUGCUGCGACAAGAGUACCCUGACUUGUUAACUAUUAUUGUGCCUCGACAUCCACAGCAUGGAAAAGAGAUUGCUCAAAAAUUGUGGAAAGAAGGGCAUGGUGUAGCAUUGAGGUCUCAACGUGAUAAACUCUUAGGAGACACCAGUAUCUAUGUGGUGGACACAUUAGGUGAAUUGAAACACCUUUAUAAGUUAUCCCCCAUAGCUGUAAUUGGAGGUUCCUUCUUUCCUAGCCUUUCUGGCCAUAACAUAUCAGAAGCUGCUGCAGCAGGCUGUGCAACUUUGACUGGUCCUUACAUUGGGCAUUUUUCAAUCAUGGUACUGGAAAUGCAACGAUUAAAUCCUCUGUCAGUUCUGCAGGUUGGGGGAAAAUUAGAACUUGAAGAAGCUCUUAGAAAGCUGUUUAGUGAUGUCAAAGUCCUAGAAGCACAUUGUGCUGCAGCAAAACAAGUGUAUCAUACUCUAUCAAGUGGUGUGGUUCAAAACGUUUGGAAUCUAUUAGAUAUUCAGAUUCUCCAACGAGCUUUGAGCUAAAAAGUAAAAGAUCGUCAUACAACAACAGAAAUCUAGGCUUGGCAUAAUGGUAUUUCUAGGAAAAUAGAAAUAAUAGCAAUCGCAGAUAACUGUUGCUGCUGCUUCCACCACUGCUACAAUAAUCUCUGAUGAACUUCUCAGAAAGCCAUGAAGGGGGCAAGAGAAUUGAUUGCUGCUCGUUCCAACUCCAAGAGAGUGAAGUUUAUCUUCAAAAAGAAACUCGUCACAUGGCAUAGCUGAAGGGCCAGAGCUACCAUGACCGUACUCUUCAUAUGCUUGGUCUAGCAGCUGCCGUAGAACCGGGUGGUUCAGGAAAUCCAUUCUUUCAACAAACCUUCAUCUAGCUUCCCCUACUACUACAGCCAAGUGACCAGGAGGGACAUCCCGGGCUGGCUUCUUUUCACCAACUCCGGCAAGCCUCAGCUUCACAUGCAACCAUUCUUUUUCAGCUUCCAAUGUUGCAGAUCAUGCCUUGUCUAUAAUAUUGCUACGUGGGAGGAGCCAUAUCAAUGUGAAAUGACAACUCAAACAUUCUUGAUAAGGGUUGUUCAAGGUGGACGUGGGUAUUUAUUCUUGGGGCUCUCCGGUUUUUGCUUCAACAAUUUAUUCAUUUACCGUGCAAAGGCCUAAGGGAAAACACAAUAAGGUAAAGUAUCUUAUAACUGCUAAUUGCAUGAUAUAAAGAUAAUAUCGGGUGAAACGUGUCUUAGUGAUUUGGGUUUUCUGUUAGAUUUCCUGCAUUACCACCUUUGCUUAGUUUUUUUACUGGGAUAAAAGUGAAACCCUGAUAACUUGAUAUGAUUGACGUUAUCACAUCCUAACUUCUUUGUCCAUAACAAAUUUUGCUAAUAUGGCAAGCAGUUGGCAGAAUUGUAGUACUUCUUUACCUUUUUUUGGUGACUCAAUUGUAGAGAACUUGAAAUGCAAGGGAUCUCUGCAUUUGGAACUUGAAAUGCAAGGGAUCUCUGCAUUUGGAUGAAAUUGAAUCCUUAAGAUAGGACAGAAUUAUGGCUAGCAUGUGUCGGUCGGGGAGUCCUUGGGACCAUGAUCUUAUUUUCAUGGGCUCUCAUAAAGGAGGAUUCUCUCCUCUCCUAUUCCCAUGCACGCAUCACAUGCAUUGGUGGGUGGACAUAUUCUUCAUACCACAUACGUAUGUAGGAGUCUCUGUUGUAUUGUCAAAUUUUUCAUGUUUUUGCGUAUGUGACAUGUCGUCUGUUGGGGUGGCAACCUGGGGGUUUGGGUGCCGGUGUUUUAUAGUAGAACGAUGUAUGACUCGUUGUAAAGAAUUUAAAGAGUUACAUAUUUUUCUUUCAUGAAUUCAUGCUGUUUGCUCUAGGUUAUUUAGUCUUUGUUAUGGUUAUUUAGAAACAAACUAGCAAAGGGGAUAAUCUCUAAACCCUAUGUUUGGACGAGAAACUUUCAAGGUCUCUAGAAACUUUAAACUUGAUUGUUAAAAAUGCAUUAGGAGAACAAUACCAGUGAACUAUUCAAACCCUACAAUGUUAUUACUAAAACACUAUAAAUGCACUACAAAACACUAAACAAGUACUUUCAAAUGACACAUUGCACUCAAAUGUAUUGCAGUUAGUUAUUUCGAGUCCUCUAUCUAAUUUCUGUGGUGCAUUCCGAAUAAAGUUGGGCUAAGUUCCAUGGAUUUUAAAGUCCCUCGUUCAAACGCACCAUAACGGCAACGUUGGUGUUUAGGAUUGGAUUUAAUUGCUCACUAGAUUCAAAAUAUGUUGAAAUAAGAAAUGAAAGUCAACUUCUACAUUAUGUCUAGUUAAAGAAGCUAGAUGGAUUAAUCACUGUAUCAACAUCUUAUAACUAAUACAGUCUCCCUUCAAUUUGGACAAAAUUUAGAGUAGGCGUUCGUUUCUUACUUCAACAUACUUUGAAUUUGGCAUGUUCAAUUCUAGGAACUAAAGGUGGCCUAAAUUUGAUGCUCUUGAACAAUUUUUUUUUUUUUUUGCUUCCAUGUUACGUGACAAGUUGAGAGAUAAGUAGCGUUCAUUUAAAAAUUUGUCUUGCAUACAAAAUUCUAGUUAUAACUAAAAGAUUGUCGUACAUUAUAUGUUUUAACUGAACAACGGUUCUCAUACUCAACUUACUACUUGGCAGGAAAGUCUCAACAAAUUUAUUUUCCUUCCAUUAGAGAUCCAAACAUGUGCAAAAGCAUAAAUAGUUUGGAAAGUUAAAAGGUGGAUACAAUGAGUACUUUUUUUUUUAUCAAACAAUAGAUUUUAUUGGAUUAGAUAUUAGAUUAGCAUUGAUAGGGUUCGACCCACACCGUCAUGCAAGAGCUCAACUCAUUUCCAACAAUGUGGUAAAUGGCCACUUGCGACUUGAUUUCAUGGAUCAACAACUUGUAGGCAGCUUUUCAUCAAGAAGAACCUGAAAGAAUUACAGAUUAGGCCUUAA